CUCCAGUCGGGGGGAGUUCCCUUCCGGAAGCGCUGCUGGGCAGUUGCUGGGGACUAUUUGUCGCCGGAAGGGCCGAUUAUCCGCGCGGCUUCGUCCAAAAGUGAGGCGACGGAUCGACAGCUGGUCUGGUCAACUAUCUUUUCGGCGUCUCUCUCGUUCUCGACCGGCAACCGACGGAUGGGAUGGCAUGCUCUGGACUCUCGUCACCGCCCCCCUGACAAUGCUGCAUUGCAGCGCUGCUAUCCUUUGCUGUCUCUUGUCUGUCUCUCACUCUCUCCGUUGCCGUCGGUUCCCUUGCGAAUCGUUGCCCCGGAUUCUUGUCUUGCCCUUCCGUCGAGAUUACCUUCUGGACUUGAUUUCCUUUCCCGAUCAUUGUACACUAUUGUGCCUCUUUUUGUUUUUUUGACGCCCUUUUUCGGAUUUCCGACGCCAUGCCCUUGUAUUAUUUGGUUUCUUUUACCCUUUCGGAGAUUUCGUGUUCCUGUUGCUCCGUGUCUCCUCACACUGUGACGAGGCACACGUGUUACAUCCCUCCAUCCAUCCAUCCACUGGCAAGACUGAGUGAGGACGGACACGAACUCUAACCCGGUUGUGUCUAUCUACGCUCGAGACAGCGACGGCAUA